AACUGAUUUUGUGUAUUUCAGCCAUGUUUAAUAAUUGUGGUGUUUAAUAAAACAAAUAAAUGUCUAUAUACAUAUAUUUAUAUGUACAUAUGUGCAUAUCAUAUUAAUUUUUAAUAAAUAAUAUAAAUAUAUAUAUAUAUAUAUAAAAAAAAAAAACCAAAAAAAAAAAAAAAAUAUACUAAAUUUUAAAUAUAUUAUUUAAAUUAUUUUAUAUGGUAAUGGCAGAGACCGGUGGCCAUUUGGCACACCAAUUACCAAUGCAUACUCAUCAAAGUGGAUUAGUACAGCCUUCAUUGGUUAUGAAUCAUCAUUUAGAAUUAGAUUGUCAUGGACAUGAAAUAUUAUCUAAAAAACAAAAAUUAUCAUUAUGUGUUGGAUGUGGUGGACAAAUUCAUGAUCAAUAUAUAUUAAGAGUAGCACCAGAUUUAGAAUGGCAUGCGGCAUGUUUAAAAUGUCAAGAAUGUAGACAAUUUUUAGAUGAAAGUUGUACUUGUUUUGUUAGAGAUGGAAAAACAUACUGUAAACGAGAUUAUGUAAGAUUAUUUGGUACAAAAUGUGAUAAAUGCGGCAGUUCUUUUAGCAAAAAUGAUUUUGUGAUGAGAGCUAAAAGUAAAAUAUAUCAUAUAGAAUGCUUUCGUUGUUCGGCGUGUGCAAGGCAACUUAUACCAGGUGAUGAAUUUGCUCUAAGAGAUGGGGGCUCCUUAUUUUGUAAAGAAGAUCACGAAGUACUUGAAAAAACAAAUCAGCCAAAUAUAUCUUCGAUAUCUGAAGCAAAUAAUAAUAAUAGCAAUAGUCUGAGGAAUAAUAAUCAUUCCAGUGAAUUAGGAUCUAUAUCGGAUUCUGGAAGUGAAUCCGGAUCACAUAAAAGUUUAAGGGAUAAACGGCAAUCAGGUCCUGGUGACGGUAAACCUACAAGAGUGAGAACAGUUCUUAAUGAAAAGCAAUUACAUACGUUAAGAACAUGUUACAAUGCUAAUCCUAGACCUGAUGCUUUAAUGAAAGAACAGCUAGUGGAAAUGACUGGCUUAUCACCUAGAGUCAUAAGAGUUUGGUUUCAAAAUAAAAGAUGUAAAGAUAAGAAAAAAACAAUACAAAUGAAACUACAAAUGCAACAAGAGAAAGAGGGAAGAAAAUUAGGUUAUGGUGUAAUGCAAGGUAUUCCUAUGGUAGCUGAAUCGCCAGUUCGACAUGAUUCUCCUUUAAAUUUACAUAGCUUAGAUGUGCAAACAUAUCAACCGCCAUGGAAAGCAUUAUCAGAUUUUGCAUUACAUGCCGAUCUAGACAAUAAUGGAAGCGUAAAUACUCAUACACCUGCUUUUCAACAUUUAGUAAAUCAAAUGCAUGGAUAUGAUGUGGGUGUCCUUCCUUCUGGGAUGCAAUCUCAUGGUCCAACAAGUGCUCAAAUGAAUGGUCCACAAUUAGAAAAUUCUGCUCAUCAUCCUGAUAGUACAGAUUCAUAUGUAACAUAUUUAGAAAGUGAUGACAGUAUUCAAGGAAGUCCUUAAUUUGUUUUGAAUUAAUUAAAUUUAAUUUAUUAGUAUUCGAAAAUUUAACUUUACAUUAAUCGUUUAUAUGUUAUAAAAAAAAAAAAAAUAAAAAUAAUAUAUUUAUUUGACUUAUACAAACAUAUAGAAUAUUUAACACGAGUGCAUGUUUUUGUAAAUUUUAUUUAAAAAGCAAUCGCUUAAU